AUGAUUUCCUUUUUUGAUUUCAUUAUUUUUUUUAACGUAUUUAUUGCAACGAUCUUCGCCUCCGACGCGUAUAUUCCAGACGCUUCGUUAAGUGUGCCAAAAAUAAUUAAACGCCACGGCUAUCCAUCUGAAACUCAUAUCGUGGAUACUAAAGAUGGAUAUCUAUUGGAAGUCCAUAGGAUACCACAUGGAAAAAACACUAAACAGUACAGAAAAUUCCCAGUGCUCUUACAACAUGGAGUCGUGGCUAGCUCUGCUGACUGGAUAAUCAACGGGCCUUCAAAGGCGCUGGCUUAUCAACUAGCGGAUAAUGGAUUCGACGUAUGGUUAGGAAAUUCUAGAGGCAACACCUAUUCUCGUUCUCACAAGAGUCUCAGUCCAGAUAGUGAAGAAUUUUGGAAUUUUAGUUUUCACGAAAUGGGUAUCUACGAUUUGCCGGCCACCAUAGACUACAUCUUAGAACUUACGAACCAAAGUCAAUUAUACUACAUAGGGCAUUCGAUGGGAUCUUGUAUGUUUUUCGUCAUGUGCUCUAUGCGCCCAGAAUAUAAUUAUAAAAUUCGAGCGCAAAUAAGUUUAGCUCCGGUGGCUUACGUUCAUCACAUGACUUCUUUUUUAAAUACUUUAGUUCCGUAUGCAAACGAAAUACAAAAAGCUUCGAAUUGGGUUUCAAAAGGAGCGUUUUUACCACAAAACGCUGCUAGCAAAUUAGUGAGUAAAUAUUUAUGUGGAGAUAACGCAAUCAAUUCAACGUUGUGUAAAAAGUAUAUUGUUUAUAAAAUGUUUGGGGAGGAUACUGUUCAAUUCGAUAUGACCUUACUUCCCAUAAUAUUAGGUCACAAUCCAGCUGGCACGUCAGUGAAAACUUUAAUUCAUUUCGCACAAGAAAUCACUACAAAAAACUUUCAACUAUUUGAUUAUGGAACAGAAAAAAACUUUGAUGUUUAUAAUUGUUCACAUCCACCAAAAUACAAUUUGAGCAACAUAAUUGUUCCCAUCGCCUUUUAUUAUGCUAAAAACGAUAUACUAGCAGAUCCUACAGAUGUGAUGGAGCUGUAUUCCCAUUUACCAAACAGAUUAGGGUUACAUCUCAUUGAAUUUGACAAAUUCAACCAUGUUGAUUUCCUGUAUAGUAAAAAUGUUACUGAUAUGGUAUACCAAAGUGUAAUGAAUACUAUAUUUAAAGCUGAAUUUGUUGAUUGGAUACCAGAGUUUGAUAAUACAACUGCAUUUAAUGCCUUAAGUGAUUAUAAUAAAUGCAACGACGAUAGAAAUGCAAGGACAACAAACAAUGGUUUUUGGCAUAAAAUUACGUCAAUUAUAAAAAAGAAAGAAGUAUAUCCAUUAACAAGUAUUAUGAGAGAAGAUAAGGAAAAACAUGUUAGAUCAAGGAACACAUAUGUAAUGGCUUGGAAUCAAACAUAUUUUGAAUAA